AUGUCUUCAUCUGUCAACUCAUCAGUGGACAACUGUAAAACACCCAAUAACAUCACGUACCAAGCCCUGUCCUGGCUGAUGGCUGGGGAGUUCAUACUGGGUCUACCUCUCAACUUAUCGGUCCUCUACGUCUUCAUCUUCAGAUUCAAGUUCUGGAAGAACAACAGCAUCUUCCUGUUCAACAUCGUGGUUGCUGAUUUUCUGCUGGUGGUUUGCCUUCCAGUCGAGAUCUACCACUAUCAACACAGCUUGAGGCAUAGCGACAACCGUGUGGUUUGUAAGACAAUGCUCUUCAUGCUGUUUCUCAACCGAGGUGCCAGCAUCGCCUUCCUCAUCACCCUGUCCCUCGAUCGCUACUUCAGCGUGGUGCAUCUCGGGAGGAAAAACUGCUUCAAGACUUUUAAGAAAUCUCCGCAGAUUUCCUUGUUCAUAUGGCUCCUCUUGCUGCCCCUCACCAUCCCCACCAUGGUGGAAACCUUCGAGUGCUGCAACAGCCACGGGCGUAAAGUGGAGACGUUUUAUCAUGAUGUGACAGACACCUUCAGAGAGAUCAUCUACUUCUCACAGAUCAUCUUCCCCUUCUUCAUUCUUGUCUACUGCACGUGUCGCAUCGUGAAGCGACUGAAGAGGAAGACAGUUGGAGAGAAGGCCAAAUUGAGGAGGGCCAUGUUUGCCGUCAUGUCCGUGGUCAUCGUCUUCUCCAGCUGCUUCCUCCCCAGCACCAUAGCCAGAGCAGCUCUGCUGGUCGUCCGGCUGAACAACUGGGAGGAGACUGAACUUGUUGCCGUGCAGGUCUAUGAUAGCCUCAUGGUUUUGUCCUACACCGACUGUCUUCUGGACCCGAUCGUUUACUGCUUCUGCAACUCAGGGUUUAAAGACGCUUACAUCUCCACCUUCUGUCCCUCGUUUCUCCAGAAGAAGCUCUUAAAAUCUAACAGUGAAGUCCCGAACACACCGACGACCACAACGGUAACCUCUGGAGCCAAAAUAGCCUGUUUACCAAUGUUAGAAAAAAAGUGA